CGCAUACGGUAAACUUUAGCAUGUCAAACGCAGCUGAACUCGAUACAUUACCAGCGGUAGACAUACCCACAAAAACCACAGAGGUACCAAUCAUAGAGGGUGAACUUAUGAACAAUACGGCUUCAAUGGAAGCCUCCGGUGUUAUGGGUGACGAUAUAGACCAGCAAUUCACUACCCUAGAGACUAUUCGAGACGUAGACGAUAGUAGGAAUGCUGAACAAGAAACUAUCACUACAGACACAGACACUAAGCCUACCGAGAGCAUUGAAUCAAUAGAUGAGUAUGCAAGCGCCCACUCAAUCGACGAGUACGCGAGUGCUAACUCGGUGUUGGACCGAGGUGAUUUUUCUCAGCACACAGAUACAGCAGACAGCGGAGACGCUAUAGCUAGGGAUCGUAUAGUGCAUGCGGAUAAUCUGGCUGGUGCUGCGACAAUUGCAGAAGAAACGGAGGUGAGUGAGACAAGUGCAGUGCAUAGUGUUACGGAUGAGCAAGUACAUCAAGAUGUUACGGAUAACGAUGAAUCAGCUGGUGGUGGUGUUACAAUCAUACAAGAUAAUGCCAGCGAGGUUGGUGCGACCGGGAGUGCUGAUUGUAGUCAGCGUACUGAUGGGACAGAUAAGACUAGUGAAAUAGAUACAGCAGAUGAUGUAAAAGAUGUAAAAGAAGACACAAACGUAACUAAUGCAGUCAGUGGUGAUGUUGUGAGUGUACCACAUGGUAGCAAUAAGGGCGAUACGCCCGGUGAUGCUGAUGAGAAGGAUACUGAAAGCAUCGUUGUUGAUGUGAAGGAUAGUAUGCCGGAUGCGGAGGCUGGCGUAGGUGAUAGUGAGAGUGUAGAGACUCAAGGAUCAACGGUGAACGACAUAUCUGAAGUCGCUGAGGAGAAAGAUGGGCAGCGGGUGGCCCACAAGACUGAGACUGAAAGUGUUAAAGUGAACUGUAAAAGGAAGGAGGAAGGUGAAGGUAACAGUACAAGUAAGGGGGAUGAGGUGAAGACAGGCGUUGUAGCGAAAGUGACAAACGACCGGCCUAGUGCCAUGGGGUUGAAGGGAAAGGAUGACAAGAAGAGCAAGAAGAAAGACAAGAAAAAGGCCGCGAAGGAGGAAAAAGAAAAGAUUGAUAAGAGCCAGAAGAAAUCACCUGGAAGUUUCCGCCGUUUUGUGAGGAAAUUAAGUCAAGAGAAGCUCAAAUUAGCCACACCCUCAGGCUCAAGCGGCAAUUCGCCAACCACCACGAAAAUCAACGCAUCAACAGCGGGUGUGACGUCAACGCCAACAUGGGCGGAGCAGCAGCUCAAAGGUACCCAAGGCAUGGCAGACAUGUUUGCCAACCGCAUGAGACAGAGUCCCAGUAUUAACAAUCCAAGCGGGCUGCACAAAGAAGCACGGGAACUAAAACAGCAAAAGUCGAAGAAGGAUGUUACUAAGGAAGCCGCAUUGGAUCUACAAGACAAUGAUCAGGAGAACCGUGAAUUGGACAUACAAUUCCAGCGCGUGCUGAGGGAAAUGAAGGUCAAACCAGCAGAACGAGACGCCAAGUAUGCCAACAUGGGGCAGGUCCAGAAGUACAAGAUGAUUGUCGACUACCGUGCGAAGAAAGGCUGGGGUGACGAGUCCGCGAGGGCGUAUGUAGCGGCUUUGGACAAACACAAUGACAGGCACAUGCUUGAGUUGGAUCUCAGCGAUGUGAUGCUUGAUCUGGGCGCUAUCACGGUGCACCUGCGCAACAAACCCGCCUCGUGGAUCAUGGACUUCCGUAAGUGCAAAGGCCUGGAGGCUCUCACAGCCGUUAUCAUUAAACUGUACCACAUCAUGUCCCAAAACAUCGGUGAACUGGACUCGGUGGUGAUUGCUGAGACUAUGCACCAGGCGGUGAGGAGUGUCAGCAUGUACAUGCGCAUUCCCGAAAGCUUUGACGAUGCCGCACGCAAUACUAACCUGCUUAAGACAAUCACCAAACUGUUAGCGGAGGAUGCCAUCUCCGACCGUCUGUGCGCUGAUGUGUUGGAGUUUCUGGCGGUGGUCUCGUUGAGUGGAGAGACAGGUCAUGCCCACGCACUUGACGCUCUGCAGUUCUUGAAGCUAGUGGACAAGGAGCAGUUCAGGUUUCAGUACGUCAUCAAACUGCUGCUCAAAGACAGUCCGGAACUUAGGGUGGCGUGCAUGCAGAUGAUUAACUCAGUCACCAACGCACCGCACCUGACAGUGGACCAUCGAGUGCACCUUAGAAACGAGAUUAUGGCCGCGGGGUUGAGGGGAGCGCUUCCUACGCUCAGAGAACAUGCUGCAAUAGACGAACAGUUGCGUACACACGUGGUACUAUGGGAAGACAACUCUAAGUAA